UUAUAUUUUCCCUCCAACCUUGACCCAAAAAAUUCCCCUCUUUGCUUUCCCUCUCAUCCUCACAUCUCUUAUUCAAUUCCCAGUUAGGAUCACCAAAAAGGGGGUUUUCUUCACGUUCUAAUAUAUUAAAACUUUCAUAGUUCCAUCUUCAGAUCUCCAAAAAAUCAAUCAUUCUCAUCGAUUUCUUCAGUUAUAUUUUGUUUACUUUGGUCAAUUUACAGACAAUCGUUUAGGUGGAGGUGGCUCCGUCAUUGGAUUGUAUUCUGGCAGGGGAGUAUACUUAGAUCUGUUGUGAAUAGGUAUUUGGAGCUGGAGAUAUCGCCAUUUUAAGAUGGUUGUUUCGGUUUGGAGGGUAUAAGGACCGGGUGCUUGCUGAUGAUCUUUUCUUGGCUUAAGUUGCUAUUCAAUGCGCCAUUGGUAUGUUCACCAAGUUCAGUUUCAUGAUCCACCACAGGAACGUCAGGUCUUUUUCAUGAUAACAUGAAUGAAAAACUUUACAAGGAAGUAACUUUAAAGGUUGAAGUAUGCCUAGAUUACACAAGUUCUUGUUGCAACCUCGAGGUUUUAAACCUCUUGCAAGUAGUGGUAUCGAGAAUACAGAUAAAGCGUGUCCCUUGAAAGUAAAGAAAGUGAUUGGAAAGAUUAAGGUUGAAGUGAGAAAAAUAAGAAUCAUCCCACAAAGAAAACUCAAGGACACAUACUCUCAGCAAAGUGCUAUAUAUGUGCAAGCAGGAGUCGAGUACAUUCGACACGUAUCUUCACUUGUAAAAAGCAAAAUUAACAAAUUAGGAAUCUCUUCAUUCUCGCUUUCGUGUGAAGAACCGGUGACAUGCUUAUUGCAACUUAAAAGCUCUGAAGAACAUACAGAAACGGAAUCAACCUUAGGCAUUUGUUUGAGGCCUGGAACAGUGCGGGCCUGUUGUGGAAACGCUUGCGUACGAUUUACUAUUGGAGUCUGCCAUGCGUGCACAAUCGUUCCAUGCGUGUAAUUUAUGCGUUGUUGAACCUUGGAAAUGGUUGUUGACUGAGUUUUCUGAUUAUUAUGGAGUUUCAGAAUCGUACACUAAACUCAGGAUGAUCCCCUAUGUGUUGCUGCCAGACAAGAUGGGAAGAUAUUAGUCUCUAGUCUGUGGGUUGAUCACAGUUUUGAUGUCGGAGCGCCUGUGGAUACAACCUCGGUCACGAUGAUUAUUUAACUUGUAUGAAGAUUGUGAAAGAGAUUCAUGAACACAAUGAAGUUUUGAGUUUUUAUUUAUACACUUGUUAGUUUAUUUGGGUUAUAUGUUUGAUCAUUAGACUUAGAUCGACACUUAUUAGCCAUUUGGAAUCUUUGGAAGAUUGAUUGAACUUUUAAUUGAAGUGAUUAUUUUAUGAUU